AUGUUCAACAAACCCUCAAAGACAUCCUCGGCCUCUCCACCUACAUCUCCUCCCUCGUCAUAUCAACCCACCAAACACCCCAGGUCCUGCUUCCCAACCUCGGCCUCCAUGUCAUCAACCUUCAUGACACCCCGCCACGCCGACCUCGAUUCCUCAUAUCCCGCAGCUUUCUUCGGCAAGAAGCGAACCCCACCACCCACCACACCCAGCACCGUCGACAGCAAAGCAAUGCUUGAUGCAGAUAGAAGAACAUCAGUAGACAGCACAGCAACCACAGCAACCUCAUCCUCCGUUUCCAGCGCAACCAGCACCAUUGCCGCAGAAAAGGAAAUGGCCAAGAAAUGGAUGGCUGAGGCACAGCAGCAAAAGGAGAGCAAAGGCAAGCAACAGCAAAAACAAUUCGAUGUUUUUGACUACCAAACUGCUGGAUACCUUUCCAUGCCUAUGGAUCAUGAAGCACAGCCUUAUCGUAACUCCGCCUCUGCCUCUGCCUCUGCCCCUGCUUCUUCAUCGCGCAAAGGUUCCUCGUCUUCCACAUCUUCAUCGUCAAAGUCGCAUUCACUAUGGCAAAAAACAAAGAACCUUACACAAAGAAGAAGUAGCGAGGAGAAACAACAAGCGAAAAAAGGAUACGAAGAAUCGGGGUUGGAGAAGAAGACGAAAUUCGGUAUGACGGAGGCGGGUAUGAGGAUUGUUGGAUAG